UUCUAAAUCCAAGAAGGGGAUUUGGGUGGCUAAGGGCCCUGGGUGGAGGGCAGGUCACCUGGGUCCCUGGGAACCAAGGUAGGGGGAAUCUCUUUGCUUCCUUGUAGGGACUGGGAGAGGGCAGGUAAGGCUGAAAGAUGAAGUCUCACCUUAAAGAAUGGGACUGGGUGCUGGGGGUUCUCCAGGGAGAGCCGAAGGUGUGCCCAGGUCCUGCAGAUGCUGGGGUGGGGAGGCAGAUGUCAGUAUUGAUGGGUGAGCAUUGUGUGUAUGUCUUCUAGGCUUUUCUACCUAUAUGUCUGGGGUGAGAGGGGAGCAUCUGUGGGUCAGUGCAGAGCCUAGUAGGUAGAGAAAGAAGGGAACCCUGGACUAUUUGUCCCACUGGCUUCCCGGACAGCAUCCCCUUCCCCCUCCCUGUGCCCUCGAUGCUGCCACGCGGCUGGCUCUGGGGAGCACUGGGGCUGGCUGCCAACAGGACGGCCGCUGGACAGGCUGGGAUCAGGUGUCUGAGGCAGGAGCCAACUCUUUGCAUUCCUGCCCCACCCCUCCCCCUCUGGCCAGCGGGGCUCCCCUGGGACCCUGGUGUCCACAACCCCAAUCUUUUCCUUCUUUUUCCCAGGAUCCAGAAGUCCUGGCGCCUAGGAAAGGGAUUUGAUGCCGGAGAGGAGGGGGCUGGGAGUACCUGGGUUCUGGGCAGGCAGGAACAAGCCUCCCACUCCUGGCAACACUGAAGGCUGAUUUGCAUAUAACUCUACUAUUCAUUUCUUCUUCGUUCUGGAGAGAAAAUGGUCAGAAGAGCAGCAUAAAGGAUUUAGAUUAGAUCACAGAAAGAGGAACUUCCAUGAUGCGAGGAGCAUGAGGCUGAGGGACAGGAAAUGGAAGUGUGCCAUGUCUGUGGACUCUUGGAGCCUUUUUCAAGGAGGAAAGGAAUCCUCUAGGAUGGAGAUGGGGGAUGGUUAAGAUGACUGUCUUUUAUUUUGGGGCUGAGUGGCUAGAGAUGGGACUCUAUAGGGAAAUGGGCUGGUGUGGAAUUCAUAGGAGUAAAAAAAAGUGGGGGUAUUCGGGGACCAAAGGUAGAGGGUAGGUGGGGUGAUGGGGCUGCCUGAGAGGAGCCUGUGGGGCAGACCGAGGCCAGAGUCAGUGGGCACAUAUGUGGCCUGAGGUGGGCAGACCUGUGGGUAGGUUGUCUAUAGGAUGCAACUAUUCUCCUGUGGGGUUUGGUGAAAGGUAGGGGGCCUCAGAGGUCUCCUUGGCCUGGGGUCUCUGUGAGUCUCUGUGUCUCUGUCUCACUCACCUUCCUCUCUCAAAGCGGCCCUUGUGUGUUGGUGUUUGCGGAGCUGCCACACUCAGGGGCCAGGCUCGGGCAAGGGGGGGUGGUGAAGGGGAGGGCAAGGCCGUGGUUUCCCGGCUCCUGGACUCAAAGGGCCUUUUCUCUGCCUGUCCGCCCCACCUCACCCACCCCACCCAGCUCUGCUCUCCUGAUCGCUCUGGCCCCUGCCCUGCCCCAUGCUUCUGUGAAAAUUUUGCUGGACUUUCUUUGGGAUUUUUCCAAUCUGGAACUGAUGGCAUGAGGAGUGUGUGUACUGGGGAGCAAGUGAAGGAAAGGUGACCUUUGUCUUCCAGGGAGUUUGAGCCUGAGGAAGCUGAAUUCUAGAUGGAUAGAGGGGAUGGCCUGGGUCUCAAAUCUUUGGAUCCAAGAGGUACACCGCCUGUGGAUGUGCUCCGGGCCCUGAGGUUCCCCUCCCUUCCUGAUGGCGUCCGGAGGGCAAGAGGCAUCUGUCCAGCUGAUGUGGCCUACCGAGUAUCCCGUCCUGCCCAGCUCAGUGCACCCACCCGCCAGCUCUUCCCAGGAGGUUUUCCCAAAGAUUUCUCAUUGCUGACUGCUGUCCGGACCCGCCCUGGCCUCCAGGCUCCCCUCCUGACUCUCUACAGUGCCCAGGGUGUCCAACAGCUGGGCCUGGAGCUUGGCCGACCAUUCCGCUUCCUAUAUGAAGAUCAGACUGGACGGCCUCGACCCCCAGCUCAGCCAGUCUUCAGAGGCCUCAGCCUAGCAGAUGGCAAGUGGCACCGUGUGGCUGUGGCUGUGAAGGGCCAGUCUGUCACCCUCAUAGUUGACUGCAAGAAGCGGGUCACCCGGCCUCUCCCCCGAAGUGCUCGCCCAUUGUUGAACACUCAUGGAGUGAUUAUCUUUGGUGCCCGCAUCCUGGAUGAAGAAGUGUUUGAGGGUGACAUCCAGGAGCUUGUCAUUGCCCCAGGGGUGCAAGCUGCCUACGAGUCCUGUGAACAGAAGGAGCUGGAGUGUGAAGGAGCUUGGAGGGAGAGACCUCAGAAACAACAGUCUCACAGGGCCCAGAGAUCUCCAAAACAGCAGCCAUCAAGACUUCAUAGGCCACAAAACCAGGAACCUCAGCGACAGCCCGCUGAGUCUUUCUACUAUGACUACGAGACCCCUUAUUACGAUGUGAUGACUGCAGGGACGACCCCUGAUUAUCAGGACCCCACCCCAGGUGAAGAGGAAGGAAUACUGGAAUCGAGCCCCUUGCCACCCCCUGAGGAGGAACAGACAGAUCUCCAGGUCCCCUCCACAGCCGACAGGUUCCUGACAGAGCAAUAUGGGGAGGGUGGCACAGACCCCCCAGCAGGGCCCUACGAUUACACCUAUGGCUAUGGGGACGAUUAUCGUGAGGAGACGGAACUUGGCCCUGCCCUGUCUGCGGAGACAGCCCCCUCGGGAGCCGCUGCCCGUGGACCCCGGGGGCUGAAGGGAGAGAAGGGGGAGCCUGCGGUGCUGGAACCUGGUAUGCUAGUAGAGGGGCCUCCUGGCCCAGAAGGCCCUGCGGGGUUGAUUGGUCCCCCUGGCAUCCAGGGCAACCCAGGCCCAGUUGGAGACCCUGGUGAGAGGGGCCCCCCUGGCCGAGCAGGGCUCCCUGGAUCGGAUGGGGCCCCUGGCCCUCCUGGCACAUCUCUCAUGCUUCCAUUCCGGUUUGGCAGUGGUGGGGGUGACAAGGGCCCUGUGGUGGCAGCCCAGGAGGCUCAGGCCCAGGCGAUUCUGCAGCAGGCACGGCUGGCGCUCCGGGGACCUCCUGGCCCCAUGGGAUACACAGGCCGCCCUGGACCCUUGGGACAACCUGGGAGCCCUGGCCUGAAAGGAGAAUCAGGAGACCUAGGACCUCAGGGCCCCAGAGGACCUCAAGGUCUCACAGGCCCUCCUGGCAAGGCUGGGCGAAGGGGCCGAGCAGGUGCUGAUGGAGCCCGAGGGAUGCCUGGAGAACCUGGAGUGAAGGGUGACCGAGGUUUUGAUGGACUCCCAGGGCUCCCUGGGGAGAAGGGACACCGGGGUGAUACUGGUGCCCAGGGCCUUCCUGGACCCCCUGGUGAGGAUGGAGAGCGGGGAGAUGAUGGGGAGAUUGGGCCUCGGGGACUGCCUGGAGAAUCGGGACCUCGAGGCCUCCUUGGCCCUAAAGGCCCACCUGGUAUUCCUGGGCCCCCGGGAGUCCGAGGCAUGGAUGGUCCCCAUGGUCCCAAAGGGAGCUUGGGACCCCAAGGAGAGCCAGGACCUCCUGGACAACAGGGCACUCCUGGAACCCAGGGUCUCCCCGGGCCCCAGGGUGCCAUUGGGCCUCAUGGAGAGAAGGGUCCUCGAGGGAAACCAGGGCUCCCUGGCAUGCCUGGCUCCGACGGGCCUCCGGGUCACCCUGGAAAGGAAGGUCCUCCUGGAACCAAAGGAAACCAGGGCCCAUCUGGACCUCAGGGUCCCCUAGGAUACCCAGGACCUCGAGGUGUCAAGGGUGUGGAUGGAAUUCGUGGUCUGAAGGGUCAUAAGGGUGAAAAGGGCGAGGACGGCUUUCCCGGGUUCAAAGGGGACAUGGGCGUGAAAGGUGACAGGGGAGAGGUUGGAGUUCCUGGUUCUAGGGGAGAAGAUGGUCCCGAGGGGCCGAAGGGACGCACUGGACCCACUGGAGACCCUGGCCCCCCUGGGCUCAUGGGCGAAAAGGGCAAGCUGGGUGUUCCUGGUCUGCCUGGCUACCCUGGACGCCAGGGUCCCAAGGGGUCCCUGGGAUUUCCUGGUUUUCCUGGUGCCAGUGGAGAGAAGGGAGCCCGGGGCCUUUCAGGGAAGUCAGGGCCUCGGGGAGAGCGGGGCCCCACGGGUCCACGGGGUCAGCGGGGACCCCGAGGUGCCACGGGGAAGUCUGGCGCUAAGGGAACAUCAGGUGGUGAUGGCCCCCAUGGCCCCCCCGGAGAAAGGGGUCUCCCUGGACCUCAAGGCCCCAAUGGAUUUCCUGGCCCCAAAGGACCUCCGGGUCCCCCUGGGAAGGACGGGCUGCCGGGACACCCAGGCCAGAGAGGGGAAGUGGGUUUCCAAGGGAAGACUGGCCCCCCUGGCCCUCCAGGGGUGGUGGGACCUCAGGGAGCAGCAGGAGAAACUGGGCCCAUGGGGGAGAGAGGUCACCCGGGCCCCCCAGGCCCCCCGGGAGAGCAGGGACUGACUGGAACAGCUGGAAAAGAAGGAACAAAGGGUGACCCUGGUCCCCCAGGGGCUCCAGGGAAGGAUGGACCUGCGGGUCUGAGGGGCUUCCCAGGAGAGAGAGGCCUCCCCGGCACUGCUGGUGGAUCCGGCUUGAAGGGAAAUGAAGGUCCAGCAGGUCCCCCUGGCCCUGCAGGCUCCCCUGGGGAGCGAGGUGCAGCAGGAUCGGGGGGACCCAUUGGCCCCCCAGGGCGCCCAGGCCCACAGGGUCCCCCAGGAGCCGCAGGAGAGAAAGGUGUCCCGGGUGAGAAGGGCCCCAUUGGUCCAACUGGUCGAGACGGGGUGCAGGGUCCUGUGGGGCUUCCUGGUCCUGCGGGACCCCCCGGUGUGGCAGGAGAGGAUGGAGACAAGGGUGAGGUGGGAGACCCCGGACAGAAGGGCACUAAAGGGAACAAGGGUGAACAUGGCCCUCCUGGACCCCCUGGACCCCUUGGUCCUGUGGGGCAGCCUGGAGCCGCGGGAGCAGAUGGGGAGCCUGGAGCUCGGGGACCCCAGGGACACUUUGGAGCCAAAGGUGAUGAAGGAACGAGAGGAUUCAAUGGGCCCCCGGGACCCAUUGGCCUACAGGGUUUGCCAGGCCCCUCGGGUGAGAAGGGAGAAACAGGAGAUGUGGGCCCUAUGGGACCACCCGGCCCCCCAGGACCUCGAGGCCCAGCUGGACCCAAUGGAGCUGAUGGUCCGCAAGGUCCCCCGGGAGGUGUUGGAAACCUAGGUCCCCCUGGAGAGAAGGGGGAGCCGGGAGAGUCAGGCUCUCCGGGGGUCCAGGGUGAGCCUGGUGUCAAGGGCCCACGCGGGGAGCGUGGGGAGAAAGGAGAGUCGGGGCAACCGGGAGAGGCAGGACCACCAGGGCCUAAAGGCCCCACCGGUGAUGAUGGCCCCAAAGGGAACCCUGGUCCUGUUGGUUUUCCUGGUGAUCCUGGUCCUCCUGGAGAAGGUGGCCCUCGGGGCCAAGAUGGUGCGAAGGGUGACCGAGGAGAGGAUGGAGAGCCAGGACAGCCUGGAUCCCCUGGUCCCACUGGGGAGAAUGGACCUCCUGGACCACUUGGAAAGCGGGGUCCUGCCGGCACCCCUGGUCCUGAGGGGCGGCAAGGAGAGAAGGGAGCCAAGGGGGAUCCCGGUGCUGUGGGUGCCCCAGGGAAGACAGGCCCUGUGGGUCCCGCAGGCCCAGCAGGGAAACCUGGUCCUGAUGGUCUAAGGGGACUCCCAGGCUCAGUGGGUCAGCAAGGCCGUCCUGGGGCCACAGGCCAGGCAGGACCUCCAGGUCCUCUGGGACCGCCGGGACUUCCUGGCCUGCGAGGUGAUAUUGGAGCCAAGGGCGAGAAGGGUCACCCAGGUCUCAUUGGGCUGAUUGGGCCCCCUGGGGAGCAGGGAGAGAAGGGUGAUCGGGGACUUCCUGGCCCUCAGGGCUCUGCUGGACAGAAGGGAGAGACGGGUAUCCCCGGAGCAUCUGGCCCUAUUGGUCCUGGAGGGCCUCCCGGCCUCCCCGGACCUGCUGGCCCCAAAGGAGCCAAAGGAGCCACAGGCCCAGCUGGACCCAAGGGAGAGAAGGGCGUCCAGGGUCCUCCAGGACACCCGGGCCCCCCCGGUGAGGUGAUCCAGCCCCUGCCCAUCCAGAUGCCCAAGAAGACUCGGCGCUCCGUGGACGGAAGCCGCCUGAUGCAGGAUGAGGCCAUGCCGACUGGGGGGGCUCCAGGCAGUGCUGGGGGGCUGGAGGAGAUCUUUGGCUCCCUCGACUCCUUGAGGGAGGAGAUUGAGCAGAUGAGGCGGCCGACAGGGACCCAGGACAGCCCCGCUCGUACCUGCCAGGACCUGAAGCUCUGCCACCCGGAGCUGCCCGACGGAGAGUACUGGGUGGACCCCAACCAGGGCUGUGCUCGGGAUGCCUUCCGGGUUUUCUGCAACUUUACAGCUGGAGGGGAAACAUGUGUGACACCCAGAGAUGAUGUCACGCAAUUCUCUUACGUCGACUCAGAAGGCUCCCCAGUCGGUGUGGUGCAGCUCACCUUCCUGCGGCUGCUCAGUGUCUCAGCCCAUCAGGAUGUCUCCUACCCCUGCUCUGGGAUGGCCCAAGGCGGUCCCCUGAAGCUCCGGGGGGCCAAUGAGGAUGAGCUGAGCCUGGAGACCAGCCCCUAUGUCAAGGAAUUCAGAGACGGCUGUCAGACACAGCAAGGCCGGACGGUGCUGGAGGUGCGGACGCCCGUGCUGGAGCAGCUACCAGUGCUGGAUGCCUCCUUCUCAGACCUGGGGGCCCCCCCUCGGCGGGGAGGGGUGCUGUUGGGGCCUGUCUGUUUCAUGGGCUAGGACCUGCUCAGUCUAACCCCAUGCACCGAAACCAGGCCCACCUGGAAUCCCACAGCGUUAGCUCUGUGCCGCCUCCCAAGAGGGCUCCUCACCAUCUAGGGGGCUUUGGGCCAGGGCACGGAGAGCCCCCAAUCAGGGGCAGACCAGGGGAGGGGUAAAGCAUGAGCUGGGCGCCCCGGCGGGGGGGCAUCUGGGGUUCUUGGCCCUCCCACCUGGAGCCCGUGACCUGUUAGACAGCUGGGACCCUUAUUUAAAACUCACCUCCCAACCACCCCCAAACAAGCAGAAGAGAAGAGAAAGGACACUGUGUAUUUUGUAUUUAAAAGUAAUUAUAUUAAUUAUUUAAAGAAUGGAGAACAAAAGAACAAAAAAAGCUAAAGAGAGAAACGCCAACAAAAAUUAGCGGACUUUGGAGACAGGGCUCUCCAAGGGUGAGCCCCAGCCCCCUCCUCCUUGCCUCAGGGCUUUCCUCAGUGACUGUGGGGGGACAUUUUCAAGCCAAACCCCACCUCCCUCACAGCCCGCCUGUAGAACCCACUGUGAAUGUUGGAAUAUAUGGUCUCCUUUGCCUCAGGGUCUGACUCUCUUUGCCCAAGGUGGGGCUUCCCCUGCUCCACCUUCCAGGUGUUGGGCUCCCCAACCCACACACCAUCUGUCUCUCACUUGGUCUGGGGCUUGCAGGAACUGCCUGCAACUUGGGAAGCGGGCCACAUCCCCCUGGGGGUGGGGGGAAACGGAAGGGUGAGGGGUGAGAGCAGGGCCUGUAUUCAGCACUGUUGAAAUAUGGAAAUUCGUCCUUAUCAGCUCGUCAAUCCCAUGGCUCUGAGCCCCCCAAUAUCCCACUGCCUUCCUGGCCACCCUGGUCCCACCCCUGAGCGCCCCCUCACCUUCACUGAUCCCGCUAUGGAAGGGUUAAUGUGUGGUGUCUGGAUGGAAGGGACUCCCAGGACCUUGUCUAGCCCUACGACCAGUGUCCUUUCUGACUGAUGGUUAAAUAAUGUGAUCUCCUUC